AUGAAGAAACAAUGGUACAUCCAAGGACAGGCUGAUCACACCUUGUUCGCAAAAUUCUCCUACGAUGGGAAAGCUGUUGUCCUGAUUGUUUAUGUUGAUGAUAUUGUCCUUACUAGAGACUAUACAGUGGAAAUGGCAAGAGUAAAAGAUAAAUUGGCAGUAGACUUUGAAAUAAAGGACAUGGGAUUCAUGAGAUAUUUUUUAGGUAUGGAGGUUGCUCGGUCAAAAAAUGGUAUUUUGGUUUCACAACAGAAAUACAUUAUAGACUUGUUGAAAGAAAUAGGAAUGAGUGGAUGUCGUCCUGCAAAUACCCCUAUGGAUCUUAAUGCUAAACUUUGGGCAGAAGGUAAUGUUUUUGUUGAUAUUGGGAGAUAUCAAAUAUUGGUUGGGAAACUGAUUUAUUUGUCACAUACUCGACCUGAUAUUGCUUUCUCAGUUAGUGUAGUGAGUCAGUUUAUGCAUUCUCCUUUUGAGGAACAUCUUGAGGCAGUCUAUAGGAUACUGAGAUAUUUGAAGGAAAAUCCUGUAAAAGGACUGCUUUUUAAGAAGACUAGUGAAAGAAAUGUGUCUAUCUUCACUGAUGCCAAUUGGGCAGGUUCAAUCACAAAUAGAAGAUCAACCUCUGAAUAUUAUACCUAUGUCUGGGGUAAUCUUUUGACAUGGAGGAGAAAGAAACAAGGAUUUGUAGCAAGGAGUAGUGUAGAGGCCGAGUUUAGAGCUAUGUAUCGAGGUAUUUGUGAAGGAUUAUGGAUCCUUAGAGUCCUAUAA